GCGCAGCAUUGUCCCCCGCUACUUUGCGCGAGUAUUGGUGUCCCAGGAUGCUAACCGCGUCAAAGACAGCAGCAACAUGCCUACCAAGGGGACAAUAUGGCCCGGCGGAAUGACCAGCAGCGCAUGGGAUAUCAGUACCCUGGACAGGCGCCUAGCAUGUCGCCACAGCAGCAGCAACAACAACAACAUCAGCAGCAGCAAAACGCUGCGCCCGGUCAGCCGGCGAAAGGUCCGGCGCAGCAACAGAAUGGGCCCCCUUCGCAACAAGCGACGCCCACCCAAACGCCUGCCCAACCACCCAGGCAGCGUAAAAGACCUGCUCCAGGAUCGACGCCCACCGCGCAGCCAGCUGUAAUAGCCGCGCCCGCUCCUCCUGUCGCUCCUAUGCAGCCGCAGCAACAGCACCCCCACCCACAGCAACAGCAACAUGCCCAGCAUGUGCAACACCAGCAUCCUCAGCACCACCAGCAACAGCAACAUCCGCAGCACGCCCAGCGUCCGUCGCCUGCCAGUCAUGCGCAACAUGGCGUGCACCCUCAACACCCACAGCAUCCGCAGCAUCUGCAGCAGCAGCAACAACAACAGCAGCAGCAGAAGCAGUCCCCUCAGCAACCCCAACAGCAACAUGCACAGCAACAGCAGCCCUCAUCACAGCCACAGCAGCAGCAAGCCCAGCAUGUGGCGCCGCAACAGCAACAAGCUCAAGUAGCUGCGCCCGCCUCACAGACACAUCCCCAGGCGCCACAGCAGCCACAAGUCCCUGUACAGGUCACUGCUGCCCCAGCGCCCGCCGUGCCUGUGCUGGUAACAGUGCCUGCCACGGCGGACGCUGCGGCGGCUGCUGGUCCGCCGCCCGCCAAGAAGAGCAGAACGAACACACCCUGGACGCCGCAGGAAGAACAGCGGUUGAAGCAGAUGCGUGACGCUGGCAACAGCUGGGCUGAGAUUGCCAAGACGUUCCCCGCCCGCACAGAGGGCUCUGUCAAGAAGCACUGGUACAAGGACAUGCACUACGCGGAGUUUGCUGAGGAUGAGAGCCAGGCUUUGAUGCAGGCCAUCAAGGAGUACGAGAACAACAAGUGGAAGGUCAUUGGCCAAAAGGUCAGCAAGCCUGCAAAAGCAUGCGAGCAGUACGCAAAGGAGCACUUCCCGGAGCAGAAGGGCGUGUUCGUUUUCGACAGGGUCCAACGCUAGCGAACUGUACUGAAUGUCUGAUGCUUGCUUAUCUGUACCGUGGGGGCUUUAUCGUUUCUAAGAAUUGUUUGAGGAGGAAGUCGGUGGCCUCACUAGGCGUGUUAUAACUACAUACCCCCUACUAUACCCGACAUGGCGGUUUGCGCGAUCGUGUCUAGACGGCACAACGGCAUGUCCAGCGCGAUUGUGCGAUCAUUUGUAUCCAAGCACCUGGCAGGUUGCAGGUGCACAAUUUCAAUGUUUGACUACGUAUGCGGAGCUAAAUGCUGGGAAUUUCCAAAGUCAUCAUUUACCUGAGAAUUUUGAAGGCAUUUUGGCGGUCUUGUUUGACUGAGGUUUGCCUUGCCAGUGCCAAGCGGCCGCAUGAUCCCGCAUCGUGAAUACGAGCGUGCCUUGUCGUUGAUCACGCGCUAGUCCGAGUUGGGACCCACGU